AUGACUUAUCUUGGACAAGCAUUAGUAUUAAUACUACUUUCUUUUGUUCCAUCCUUUGGAUUCGCAAUCCGAUCAUUAUCUUUCCCGAAUGAUAAUACUCGUUUUUCAGGAUACAAUGAAGCUCCGAAAUUUUUAAAUCGACACGAAUGCUUGGUGAAGAGCAGUUCAUAUUCUGUAUGCGAUCCAUCUUUUGUUCAUGUAGCGAUGACCCUUGAUUUUAAGUACUUGAGGGGCUCCAUAGCAGCAGUCCAUUCAGUAUUGAAGCACGCCUCCUGCCCGGAAAACAUCUACUUUCAUUUCAUCGCCUCCGAUUCCAGUUCAUCCGAGCUUAGAAAGAUCGUCGAAUCGACAUUUCCAAGUUUGGGUUUCGAGGUUUAUCCCUUCAAUGAAAUGCUUGUAAAGAAAUUGAUAUCAUCUUCAAUUCGUCAAGCACUGGAGGAGCCAUUGAACUAUGCAAGAAUUUAUUUGGCUGAGAUUAUUGAGCCAUGUGUUAACCGUGUGAUUUACUUGGAUUCUGAUACCAUUUUGAUUGAUGAUAUUCAGGAACUAUGGGGUAUAAAUUUGACUGGUAAAAGAGUAAUUGGUGCUCCUGAAUACUGUCAUGCUAAUUUCACCAAGUAUUUCACCUAUCAGUUCUGGUCAGAUCCGAUCCUUUCGCGAACGUUUGAAGGAAAGAAACCGUGUUAUUUCAACACAGGAGUGAUGAUUAUGGAUUUGGAGAGAUGGAGAGGAGGAGAAUACACCGAAAAAAUCGAGAAAUGGAUGAGAAUACAAAAGGAGAGAAGAAUUUACGAACUGGGUUCGCUUCCCCCGUUUUUGCUGGUUUUUGGAGGAGAAAUCGAGGCCAUGGAUCAUAGGUGGAACCAACACGGGCUCGGUGGAGACAACGUGGUGAAUAGUUGCCGGAGUUUGCACCCUGGUCCGGUCAGUUUGCUGCACUGGAGUGGGAAGGGGAAGCCGUGGGUGAGGCUUGACCUUGGUAGGCCAUGCCGGGUUGAUCAUCUAUGGGCAUCAUAUGAUUUGCACAGAACGAAACACCACCAGAAAUGGUGA